CCUCACUCGCGUCCCCCCGAGCUCUGCCCCACCGCCCCCUGCGCUGUCGCUGAGUCUCCUUGUCCUGCAGAGAGAUGCCAAGGGCCAGUACCUGUUUGACCUUCUCUGCCACCACCUGAACCUGCUGGAGAAGGAUUACUUCGGCAUCCGCUUUGUGGACCCCGACAAGCAAAGGCACUGGCUGGAGUUCACCAAGUCGGUUGUGAAGCAGAUGCGGGCCCAGCCUCCCUUCACCAUGUGCUUCCGUGUCAAGUUUUACCCCACGGACCCCGCGGCGCUGAAGGAGGAGAUCACCAGGUACUUGGUGUUCCUGCAGAUCAAGAGGGAUCUGUACCACGGGCGGCUCCUGUGCAAGACGUCGGACGCGGCCUUGCUGGCUGCCUACAUCCUGCAGGCUGAGAUUGGUGACUACGACCCAGGGAAGCACCCGGAAGGCUACAGCUCCAAGUUCCAGUUCUUCCCCAAACACUCGGAGAAGCUGGAGAGGAAGAUCGCGGAGAUCCACAAGUCGGAGCUGAGCGGGCAGACACCAGCUACUUCAGAGCUGAAUUUCCUCAGGAAAGCCCAGACUCUGGAGACUUACGGGGUUGACCCACACCCGUGCAAGGACGUGUCCGGCAACGCAGCAUUCCUGGCCUUCACCCCCUUCGGCUUCGUGGUCCUGCAGGGAAACAAGAGAGUUCACUUCAUCAAGUGGAACGAGGUGACCAAGAUGAAAUUCGAAGGGAAGACUUUCUAUCUGUACGUAAGUCAGAAGGAGGAGAAGAAAAUCGUUCUCACCUAUUUUGCGCCGACACCAGAAGCCUGCAAACACCUCUGGAAGUGUGGGAUCGAGAACCAGGCUUUCUACAAGUUGGAGAAGUCGAGCCAGGUGCGGACGGUGUCCAGCAGCAACCUGUUCUUCAAGGGCAGCCGCUUCCGAUACAGCGGCCGCGUCGCCAAGGAGGUGAUGGAGUCCAGCGCCAAGAUCAAGAGGGAGCCCCCCGAGAUUCACCGGUGAGAGCCUGGCAGCAGCU